UGAUUAUCAUUUUGAAUCUAACAAGGGAGAAUUUCUGCCUCUAAAUUUUCCCGGGGGCAACUUCUGGAUGGGAGUGUUGUUUGGACCGGGACCCUGAUGAAUAAUUCAUAAGGGUGGAUUUUUGGGGGAAUGAAUGGCUCCAUUGAAUGACAGUGUGUACUUUGUAGAUAUACCGUGGUAACCAGGAAGCUUUCGACGCAGAGCGAAGGAGAGCACGGGAGCGUGAGAGAGGGAGAGAGGACAAGGGAGAGAGAGAGAGAGAGAGAGAGAGGGAGGGGGAUGAGAGAGCAGAGGAGCGUAGCUUUCUGUUGGGAGGUGUAGCCGUUCUUUGAGAGAGCUCUCCAUUGAAGCCGUUCGGCUAGCGGGGGCUUGUGGGAGCAGGCUGUGCGUGUCGUUAGCGCCCCCCACGGGGGUCCAGAGCUGCUCCGGAGGGGCCGCCGAGCAUGGGAUCGCCACCCCCGUCCCGAGCCGAAAUGUCUGAGAGGGAGGGCGUUCUAGGGGAGCCGGACCAGCGCGUCCGAGCCUUCAAGGAGCACCUGAGGCUGGAGUUGGAGCCCCCCCGCGGGGCUGGCAGGGGGGCCUCCUCCCCUAGGGCCUCGCCCCGCAGCUCCCCGCGCCUCUUCAGGAAGCUGAUGGUCAACAAGAGCAUCCGACAACGGCGUCGCUUCACCGUGGCGCAUACGUGCUUUGAUGUGGAGAAUGGCCCGUCCUCUGGAUGCAGCCCACUGGACCCCCAGGCGUCUCCCGGGUCGGGCCUGGUCCUGCACCCCAACUUUCCUGGCCACACGCAGCGGCGCGAGUCAUUCCUGUACCGCUCGGACAGCGACUACGACCUGUCGCCCAAAUCCAUGUCACGCAACUCCUCCGUGGUCAGCGAGGUACAUGGCGAUGACCUGAUAGUAACACCGUUUGCUCAGGUUCUGGCAAGUCUUCGGAGUGUAAGGAACAACUUCACAGUGCUCACCAAUGUACACUGCGCCUCCAACAAGAGGUCCCCAGUGGCGAACCAGCCGCAAAUCACCCGAGUCUGUCUGCCCGAGGAGUCUUAUCAGAAGCUGGCCAUGGACACUAUGGAGGAGCUUGACUGGUGCCUGGACCAGCUGGAGACCAUCCAGACCUACCGUUCUGUCAGCGAGAUGGCUUCGAACAAGUUCAAGAGGAUGUUGAACCGGGAGCUGACCCACCUGUCGGAAAUGAGCCGAUCCGGGAACCAGGUGUCUGAGUUCAUCUCCAACACCUUCCUAGACAAGCAGAACGACGUGGAGAUCCCAUCUCCCACGUCCAAAACGCGGGAGAAGAAGAAGAAGCAGCAGCUGAUGACCCAGAUCAGUGGGGUGAAGAAGGUGACGCAUGGCCCCAACGUCUCCAACUGCGGCAUCCCUCGCUUUGGAGUUAAAACUGACAAGGAGGAGCAGCUCUCAAAGGAGCUGGAGGACCUGAACAAGUGGGGCCUCAACAUUUUCAAAGUAUCCGAGUACUCCAACAACAAGCCACUCACAUGCAUCAUGUACGCCAUCUUUCAGGAAAGGGACUUGAUGAAGACGUUUAAGAUCCCCGUUGACACAUUUGUGACCUUCAUGAUGACGUUAGAAGAACACUACCACUCUGACGUGGCUUACCACAAUAGCCUGCAUGCGGCCGACGUGGCCCAAUCCACACACAUCCUCCUCUCCACACCAGCUCUAGAUGCCGUCUUCACAGACCUGGAAAUCCUUGCCGCCAUCUUUGCCGCAGCCAUCCAUGAUGUUGACCACCCAGGAGUCUCCAAUCAAUUUCUAAUCAACACCAAUUCAGAGCUGGCCCUCAUGUACAACGACGAGUCGGUCCUGGAGAACCACCACCUGGCUGUGGGGUUCAAGCUGCUACAGGAAGAGCACUGCGACAUUUUCCAGAACCUCAACAAGAAGCAGCGGCAGUCUCUGCGGAAGAUGGUCAUUGACAUGGUGCUGGCGACUGACAUGUCCAAGCAUAUGAGCUUACUGGCAGACCUGAAAACCAUGGUCGAGACCAAGAAGGUGACCAGCUCUGGAGUGCUGCUGCUGGACAACUACACGGACAGGAUACAGGUCCUCCGCAACAUGGUUCACUGCGCGGACUUGAGCAAUCCCACCAAGUCCCUGGAACUGUAUCGACAGUGGACGGAUCGAAUUAUGGACGAGUUCUUCCAUCAGGGGGACAAGGAGCGGGAACGGGGCAUGGAGAUCAGCCCCAUGUGCGACAAACACACAGCAUCUGUGGAGAAGUCCCAGGUGGGCUUCAUCGACUACAUUGUGCACCCUCUCUGGGAGACCUGGGCAGAUUUGGUACACCCAGACGCACAGGAUAUCUUGGACACGUUGGAAGACAACAGGAACUGGUACCAAAGCAUGAUCCCUCAGAGUCCGUCGCCGCCGUUUUACGAGCAAGAUAAAGGCGCUGGCAACGGAGACAAGUUCCAGUUCGAGCUGACACUGGAGGAGGAAGACUCAGAGGGCACGGAGCGGGACGAGCAGAGUCAGGGGGAGGACAGCCCAAGCGGGACACGCUCUUCCCCGGUAUACUGUGAUGACCCAGGGGCCGAGGAGGACCCCCCAGAGCCCACACACAUCGAGAUCAUCACACAGGACGCGUCACCCGUCGACACGUAGCCUCUCUCUCGUGCCUCAACCGUGGCGCUGCCGUCGACGUUGGCAGAUUCGGCCAUGAGGAAGAAUCCUACGGUGACGCUUUUUAGAAGCCUGGGUUUUGACUUUGGCUGGACCGGAGCGGUUUUCUGGGGUCGGGAAUGGGCGGCGUCUGUGGAGUCAUGAAGGAUUUCUCGGGAAAUUGCUGCAGUCACUUGGAACUGGUUGACAGCCCAUGCCAUGUGACAUUGAGCUGGGAGUAAUGAAGGAUUAAGACCGUUCAGGAACCCUUAGUGGACUCGCAUUGUGUUGCUGACACUACUGAGAGAUUUUUCGCAACGUGUGUCCCUUUUUUGUAAUGGGAUGUCAUAAGGUAGCUUAUGAACUACUGAUAUACAAGUAUUUGUACUGCACACAGUUUACUCUUUUCUGUCAUGUUCGUCUAAAGACUAUGUGUGCCUUUUUUACAGUUGUCUUUUUACGAUUUUUUUAAUUUAUUGAACACAGUCAAUGUUUAAGGAUGUUUUUAACUGAAGGCUCAAAAGCAGAAUAUUUUGUUUCUCGGAUAAAGAGAGAAUACAAGUCUUCCUUA